CAGGGCACGUUAGUGCGCGUCCGCGCCGGGGGUGACCGCUUCGCGGGAGGUGCGUGUGAGCCGAGGUGCAGGGAGCGGGAUUCCGCGGGAAGGGCCAGUUCAGUCGCCAGGAUGUCGUACAUGCUCCCGCACUUGCACAACGGCUGGCAGGUGGAUCAGGCCAUCCUUUCGGAAGAAGACCGAGUGGUCGUCAUUCGGUUUGGACACGAUUGGGACCCCACGUGCAUGAAAAUGGACGAGGUUCUGUACAGCAUAGCGGAAAAGGUUAAAAAUUUUGCAGUUAUUUAUCUUGUCGAUAUUACAGAAGUACCUGACUUCAACAAAAUGUAUGAAUUAUACGACCCGUGUACUGUCAUGUUUUUCUUCAGGAACAAGCACAUCAUGAUCGACCUGGGGACCGGAAACAACAACAAGAUCAACUGGGCCAUGGAAGACAAGCAGGAGAUGAUCGACAUCAUCGAGACUGUUUACCGAGGCGCCAGGAAGGGCCGCGGCCUGGUCGUGUCUCCCAAGGACUACUCCACGAAGUACAGAUACUAGGCUUUCGUCCCAACAGUCAGAUGGAGUUGACGUGGACUCAAGAUCAAGGUGAGUGAACAGUGAGCUUCGUGUCAACAUCGCAUCAGCUGACUAAUGUCACCGGCGAUGGGAGAGCACACUGGGUGACAACAUGGUUGUCUAUGCUGAACUAAACGCGGGAAAGGGGUUACAGGUAUGGCUUAAUGCGGAGACUGACAAAGUGCCACGCCUUUCAGAAUAUAGAGCAGUACUUUUAACUGUUGAUGUCAUGGACCCUCCUCCCACAAAUAGACACACAAGGCUAGGGGGCUAGCCGAAUCCCCUGAAAUCCAGGCACAAGCCUGACCUAGCAUCACCCACAGGCACACACUUAAACUUAGACCUUUCUUUUAAUUUAAAAGAUAUUAACAGCCUAUAAAAACACUUUCAGAUAUCUGAACUUCUCCCAUGCUGCUUUAAAUAAUGGCUGUAUCUGCAUCAAAAAAGUGAGGUUUUGAUACCGUUAAAUUUGACGCCUAAUAUUUCGUGGAUUUUGACCAAAAUUAAAACAGCCAGAUGGAGUAUGGGUUGGGCGAUAAAGGGAAGGGACUUACUGCACCGACAUCCCAUGCCUGGCAGUGUGCCGAGACCCGGCCCACUCGUUCCUGCCCUCAGGCCCUGGCUUAUCACCAACCAGUCCUCAGAGGGUGGCGGCCAUAGUGCCUAGGGAGGACAGAAGGGCAAGUGGGCCCUGCCUCAUACAGCCUGGGUAGGGGAAGUGGUAUUUUCCCCCUUGGGACAGAAUUUCAGAGUGCCGGCCCCUGUGUUUUCCAGCUUGUGUGUAGCAGGACACAGGGUACGGUUGUCUUUUUUACUGGAAUACCAGAUGCAGGUGUUUAUAUGUCUCUGGUAGGUGCACCUGCUCCGAUUUACCAGAAUAAAUAUGGAUAAUUGGCCAGCUGACUUAGGGUAACAAUUGUCAAAGAAAUAGGAAAACAAAGACAUCUAAUCGUUCACCUAAAGCACAUUCAUACAGUCAGAAUAUCAUGCCGGUAAAAAAAGAAUACGUGUCUUAAGUUUGUAUAUCCAUAUACGUUACAUGGACAUGAAUCCAGCCUGAGACCUGAAGCUAAGUAUUUAUUUGCAUGUUUAAGAUUAAGUGCAAAAUUCCACUGGAAAAAAGAUGCUUGCUUUGUCGGGGGGCCGGUGGGACCCUCCAGAUCACUCUCCAACGCACAAGUGUCUUCUUUAAAUGGUUCCAUGAACAUGUUGUCUCAAACAGAAAGUGCUAAUUAUAAUCCCCAGUCUCUAACUCAUCAUGGUUUGUGUUUUGACUAAAGACUAAUUUGAAGGGUAGGGUUAAAAAGUUCUUCAAUAAAAUCCAAUUUUUAAAUAAUAGUUUUUUCAUUUAAAUGUGCACUUUUGAAGGUUGGUGUAUUUGGAAAAGAGUAUUUGAGAAGGACUUUCAUCAUUCCUAAAGUUUCCAUGUAGCACAGAGGCCGUGAUUCCGCGGUGGACAAACAUGGGAUUGCAUUCUCCAAGAUGAAAGAGUCACAAACUCUGCAGAAAGUGAGCUUCUCUGUUUCCUAAUAAGAAUGGCGGACAGCCUUACCGCUUGCUCAUUACCAGAAGUGUUGGUCCCAGCUUGCGCCAUUGAGUCACUGACAUUCUUCUGUAAGUCCCCGAUUUGAGUCCCCAUUUCUUCCAGUUCCACAUUAAGGACAGCUGCACAUGGAGUGCAGAGUUGCUCGCCAGAAAGCCCCAAGGGCCCUGCUUCAAAUCAUGCCUGCUCAUCUUGGGUCCUGACCCAAGGCCCCAGCAGUUCGACUUGCGACAUGAGGGAGUCAGGUGUUCAGGAGACCGUGGCACAAACUAACACCUGAAGGUCCACAAAUGCUUCCCUCAGGUUUUUGUAGUGUCUUUAACCUUUGAACUGUGAGCUCAGUUCUGAAAACUUGGCUCCUCUUGGCUGGACACAGAUUCAGGGGUGAAAGGUACUGUGGUAUGUUUAUGUCUUUAACCAAACUCUAACGAUUAUGUAAAUACAAUGGAAAUGAACUCAGCUUAAUUUUAUCAUUUUUGAGAAUCUAUUUUUCCCUGUGAGAACCCAUCUACAGAACCAGAAAUUCCAAGUUAAUGGUUAAUACUUUGCACAUAGCUUUCAAGGAAUGAAUUUAAUUGUGUGACGUGACGUGAGCUCAAGUCGUAGGGCAGAGUGACUCUGCCCUUGUCUGGAUUUGCUCAAACGAUACAAACAUUCUCUCCUAAUUCGGUUUGGACUCAUGUCUUAACAAAACAGUGAACUGCUCAAGUUAUAAAAGAAAACACAAUAAAGGUGGGGAGAACCAUGUACAGCUCCCUAUGUUGGAGAACUUCCAUGUCACGUCUGUGGGUUUCUGAAUGCCCAGAUUUAUUUAGGGCUUGAUGGAAAAGUACCAUUGGGUGAUACCGUACAGUGUGUCCUUGUAUUUAUCCUUGCCAUACAAAAUGCCCUGCACUGCCAGUCAAGCAGGAAGCAAUUACCUGUGACUAGUAAUUAAUACAUCAGGAUGCCACGUAAAGGCACAUAUGGAAACACCAGGAAAUCCUAGGUCAACAAUUAUCCACUAAAAAGACAUUCCAGGAUGAUUUACCAGUCCAAAAGCAUCACAGUAUUUGCUAGGAGAUAGAAAAGGGUAUUUCUGGGGCUUAAUGUUGCAGUCAGAGCUUGAAAAUGUUCUUGAAGUUCCUGGAAUAGAUUUUCACCCUGAAAAAAAUGAACUGUAAGACAACUGAAUAUUUACUCUCGAUGUGGGGCUUUUUGAGCAUCAUGGACUAGAACCAUCCAUUUAUACAGAUUUCUGACAAGGUGCCAAGACUUCCAUUCAGAAGAUAAGGGGAGCCUUUUUUCUUUCUUUCCUUUUUAAUAUGUAGAACAAGGUAAGCAUGUAUUUGAAUUUUUUGUUAACCCUAGAUCUCAUAUUAAGGAAAGCCUUCUCCACCAGCAGGGCUGGGACAAUGAGAGGGCCAAAUGCAUAACUGACUACAGAAGCAGUCCUGGCCCUUACCUCACAGCACACAGCCACCAACUCAGACUGACCAGAGCCUCACAGAAGCUGUAGAACUAGCGAAUGUCUUAGGUAACGAGCAGAAAUUUUCUUAACCUUGAGUUCCUCAGAGCGUUCUCCGUGGGGCCGACACAGAGCUCACGGAAGGGUGGGCCUCUGCCCCCUGGCCCUGGGGGACUCAUUAGCUGGGAGGCCUG